AUGCAAUUGUCCAAGAUUCUCAUCACACUCGCUGCCUCAGUGGCACUUACAGAGGCCUUCAAUUACAAUGCCACAACUCCAGUCGGUGGUGCCAAUGGUACUAAUGGCACAACUCCAGUUGGUGGUACCAAUGGUACUAAUGGCACCAACGGCACUGGAGGUGCUGGAGGUGCCGGGUCUUCAGGCUCGGGAUCGUCCACUAAGGGCUCGGGAUCGUCUACUAAGGGUUCAGGAUCAUCAACUAGCGGAUCAGGCUCUGGAUCGAGUUCUUCGGCCAGUGGAAGCGGAUCUUCAACAGGAUCGCAGAACGUUGCUGACCACAUCAACGCAGGUACUGUUGGAAUGGUUGCUGCAGGAUUAGCUGGAGUUUUGUUGUUUUGA